CCAAUGAUAUAACUCAUAUCACUCUGCUUCGUUGAUGAGAUUCAUUCAACAAGCAUAGUGGGCGUGUAGUCUGGCUGCAUCUCACAUCAUCAACAUUUUUGAAACUUCAAACAUUGCUUUUAUAAACAUAAAACACAUCAGCUCUUUGCUAUGAUUGGCUCUCUGAUUAUGUCUAUGCUUGGACUUAGCUUUUAUAAUGCAGUGGACAUGUCAGUUUGGCAACUUGCAGAGAGAACUCAAUUGCUAUUAAACUGAUAUGAAAUGUACGGAUAUGCAUAUACUAACCCAAAAAAAUUCGUACAAUUAUGAGAAAAGCCAAGAAGAUUUCCUUAUCGAUCUUCUUGUUUGUUCUUAUAUGCAUAAAGGCUGUUGCUUUUUCACCACUCUGCAUUGAUGACAAUGGGUUUGAACCCCCCAGUAUUCUUUAUAAAACUUACAGCCGCGACAUCCUUUCAAAUCUUUUUUCUAAUGUGACGGCUCCAAGAUUCUUCUACAAUGCUUCCAUCGGCCAAGAUGAGAACACUGUGUACGCAAUGGGGAUGUGCAUCACAAAGAGUGAACCAACGGUUUGUUCCGAUUGUAUCAAAGCCGCGACUGAUGAGUUAAAGAGUUGUCCUAACCAGGCAGAAGCGUAUAAAUGGCGGUCAGCUCAUAACGCGCUUUGUUUUGCACGUUACUCUAACCGUUCCUUUUCGAGAACGUCCGCCCUGGGCAUCGAGAUGCACCCGCUUUACAAGGAGUGGAAUAGUAACGAAAUCAAGACAGAUUUAACUUUGGAAAGUUUUGAGGAAACUAAAUGGAAUUCAUUUAUUAGAAAUUUGGUAACUAAGGCUUCCAAUGAAAGCGACGCAUUACUGUCUAACCGUAAAUACUAUGCAACUGGUGAAUUAUUCUUGACAAAUUUUCAGUCUGUAUACGCAUUAAUGCAAUGCAUUCCAGUUCUAUCAUCAGAACUUUGUGGAUCCUGUCUAGAAGCGAGUGUGUUAGAAUAUAGAACUUCCGGCUGCCGUGGGACACAAAGUGGAAUUAUUGCACGGCCAAGAUGUUUUUUCCGGUGGGAUAUGCAACCCUUCAGUGGAGCUUUUGAUCCUGACCGAAAAGAUCUGAAACAUAUUCAACCUAGCAAGAAAAUCUCAACGACAAUCUUCAUAGCGGCUGUUGGUCUCACCGCCCUUCUCUCCUUUGUAUUGUCUGCUGUAGUACUUGUACUAAUUUUCAGAAGGAGAAAGUCAAACCCACCACCUGAUUCUCCAAAGGGUAUUCCAACUACAUAUUCACUGCAAUACGAUCUGAAGACAAUUCAGGCUGCAACAUGUACAUUUUCAAAGAGCAACAUGCUCGGUCAAGGUGGAUUUGGAGAAGUUUUCAAGGGUUUACUUCAGGACGGGUCAGAAAUUGCGGUGAAGAGGCUGUCAAAAGAAUCAGCACAAGGUGUACAAGAGUUCAAGAAUGAGACUAGUCUCGUGGCAAAGCUUCAGCACAGAAAUUUGGUUGGAGUUCUCGGGUUUUGUAUGGAAGGAGAAGAAAAGAUACUCGUUUACGAAUUUGUUCCAAACAAAAGCCUCGACCAGUUCUUGUUUGAACCUACAAAGCAAGGCCAACUGGAUUGGGCGAAACGGAACAAGAUUAUUGUUGGGACUGCUAGAGGAAUUCUAUAUCUCCAUCACGACUCGCCUCUCAAAAUCAUACACCGUGACCUCAAAGCUAGUAACAUCCUCUUAGAUGCUGAUAUGGAACCCAAAGUUGCAGAUUUUGGAAUGGCAAGGAUUUUGAGGGUGGAUCAAUCACGAGCUGAUACAAAGAGAGUAGUUGGAACCUAUGGCUACAUUUCUCCAGAGUAUUUGAUGCAUGGCCAAUUCUCGAUGAAAUCUGAUGUUUAUAGUUUUGGGGUCUUGGUUCUUGAGAUAAUAAGCGGAAAAAGAAACAGCAACUUCCACGAAACUGAUGAUUCCGGCAAGAACUUGGUCACACAUGCUUGGAAGCAUUGGAGAAACGGAUCACCAUUAGAACUCGUGGAUUCGGAACUUGGAAAGAACUAUCAGAGUAAUGAAGUAAUCAGAUGCAUUCAUAUUGCGCUAUUAUGUGUUCAAAAUGAUCCAGAACAACGUCCAAAUUCAUUGAAUGUCAUCUUGAUGCUCACAAGUAACUCCAUCACUUUACCGGUGCCUCAGUCACCAAUAUAUGAGGGAAUGGAGAUGUUUCUACCUCUGAUCAAAUCGGUUCCUGGUUCUAUCAACGAUUCAUUGAUUGAUGACAUAGUUCCUCGCUGAAGAUGACAGUUACUUCAUAUCUCAGGGUUUACUCUGUUCAAGCUGAGUUCGAAGAUAAAGCAAUGUAAUGCAAAUAAGCUGACUCAAGCAGGUUUUGUCUAAGUGAAAGAUUGGUGUUUUUGGAGGUUCUAACCGGAAAUCAAAUUGUUUUGUAUUGUUUUAACCGAUUUCUAUUUACGGUUUUAUUGCUCUUUCUCCCUCGCUAUCUUUUGCUGGGUAUAGAAUUUGUUUCAUUUGGCUCCAUCUACGAUUUGAGCAUAACUUUUUGUGUUGGUUGGAGGGAUUGAAAACUAAUGUGCAUAUGUAAAUUUUGGCUAUUCAAGUUUGGCUGCUGACUCCAUUUGUCUCCAAAUUUGGUCUGCUGAUUUCUUUAAGGUCUCAAUUGUCUAACUUAAUGUUUCAGGCACGUUUUCCUUUGUUUUUGUUUGGUGCUUAUAAAAUAGAGAAAUAUAACAUGGGGGUGGGAAUCUUCUGACCAUUUCACACUCUACUUGCUUCUUUUUUUGGCAGCACACUCUACUUGCUUAGUUAUUAUAUGAUUAUUAUGAAUCCAUUAUGAUGGUGGGGAAUGGAGAUUGUAGUUUUGAUUAUUACAAUGUGACUUUUUGUCAAAGUCAACGGUCUUCUCUCUCAUGGAAAAUCCUCAGAGGAUAAACCUUUUAACUUCUAACAUCUAGCACUGUUGAGAUUGAGUUCUUGAUUAAACCUGCAACAAAGGAGAAAGCUUUAGUGAGAAGAAGAAGAAGAACAGAGCAAAGAAAAGAAGCUAGUGAAGAAGAAGAAGUUGUCGUGAAAGAGGUCAACGACAAGAACAAGUCAACAAGGAAGAAGAAGUUGGGCUUGUUGUUUUGUAAUAAUAAAAGGGAUUGGGCUAAUUAUUUAGUUAGGCCCAAACAUGUGUUAGUGUUGUUGUUAGCUUGUCCAACUAAUAGUUGUUGGAGUUUGCUUAUGGCUUUAGCUAAAGUAGAGUGGAGUUGUUGUUGUGUAAGGUGUAGUCGUUCCUUGCUUGUAAGUUUGGUUCUAGUCUUAGGGUAAUGAUGCAUAGAAGUAUGGUCUCGAAUCUAAGUGAGUGUAGUGUAGCAAGUGGAGAAAGAACCACUAUAUGUAUGUGUGUGUGUCUUGUAAGAAAAGUAUCCUUGUGAUCCAUUAAUACAAUGUAGACAAUUAAAGAGUAA